UAAUAAAAACCAGGAACACCGAAAAGAAAAAAUUAAAAUUAAAAAUUGAGAGUGAGCCAAGAAAGCCUCCUUAGGGUUUCUUUAUCUCACUCUGAGAAAUGCCCCAUGCUUGUUACCUGAAUCAACCCUGUUAGAGAAUCUUCUCAAAGUUUGAGCUUUUUUGUUGCAGUGGCUCUCUUCCUGAUCUGGAAGCCUGUGAAUAAGCAAUCCUAGAAGAAUCGUUGACUGUUCAAGUCCAAAUGUGGGAUUCUUCGAUAUUUUUGUUUAUGAAAUUAUUGGUUGACACGUUGAUCUAGCUUUCAGAAAAUUACAGGGAAAUUUUUUUUCAUUUAUCAAACGCAUGGGUUGAUGAUUAGUAUUGGGAGUUGCAGCAAAAAAUCCAGGGAGAUAAGGUGAUCAGGUUCUUUGAGAAAUGGGAGUUUUUUGGUUGAUUUCAGUUGUUGUCCUGUCUCUUUUGAUCAGAAACGGAGAAGCUCAGGUAAAUUCUUUUCUUAUAGAUUGUGGGGCAAAUUCUACAACCAAUGUCUCUGGUAGGAAAUGGAUUGGGGAUUUAACAACUCAAAAUUUAACAGUAAAUCCUCCAGGAGUUGCAGCUUCAGCUAUGUCGGUAUCUUCUAAUUCUAGGUACUCGAAUUUGUACAAAACCGCAAGAAUUUUCACCUCUUCUGCAAAUUACACAUUUGGAAUCAUUCCCGGAAAUUACUUCAUUCGCCUCCAUUUCUACCCAUUUCAAUAUGAGAAUUACAGUCUGAAUACCUCCACAUUUAGUAUCACAGCAAAUGGGCUUCGGUUGCUUUCUCAGUUUAGCCCUUCCGAUGAGAUUUUCAACAAGAACUCAUACUUGCAGAGUGUAAAUAAUAGCGCCCUGCCUAUAUUUUCCCUGAUAAAAGAGUACUAUGUCAACACUGAAUCUUCUGAAUUGUCAUUACAGUUUGUCGCUGUUGAUGGGUCCUUCUCUUUCGUGAAUGCCAUCGAAAUAGUGGCCAUCACAAACCCGUUAUUCUCGCAGACUGUUACAAAAGUUAGUAGUGGGGAGUCGAAUGUUUCUUUUGAUGUUACCAAUGGUGGCUUAGAGACCAUGUACAGAUUAAAUGUGGGGGGACCCGAAAUUUUUUCAGAAAAUGAUCUUGAGCUUUAUAGGAAUUGGGAAUUGGACACUAACUAUAUGUUUGCACAAAAUUCAGGUCCAGUGAUGACUAACAGUUCAAGUAUCAGUUACCAAUCUCUUAAUGAUUCUCUACUGGCUCCUCUUGAAGUUUAUGAAUCUGCUCGGGGAAUGCAAGAUAAUGCCUCGUUGGAAAAGAGGGCCAAUAUGUCUUGGAAGUUCUCGAUCGACCCCGAUUUCCAGUACUUAGUCCGGCUCCAUUUUUGUGAGCUUAAGUAUAACACGAGCAACCAGAGAAUUUUCAAGAUUUAUAUCAAUAACGAAACGGCUUCGGACAAUUUUGAUAUAGCUGCAAGAGCAGGGGGGCAAAACAAGGCUUAUCACCAGGACUAUUCUGACACAAUUCCUUCUCAUAUUGACACUCUUUGGGUUCAGUUAGGGACUGACCCAGCUUCUGGGGCCUUCGACCUUGAUGCCAUACUUAACGGGUUGGAGAUUUUCAAGAUCAGUAAGAGUGGGAACCUGGCAAAAUCCUCAAGGAAAUUAAAUUCUGGCAAUGGUGAAUUAUCUGGUGGGCAGUCAAAGAAAUGGAUUUUGUGGGUUGCGAUUGGAUCAGGUAUUACUGCCUUUGCCAUUUUCUCAGCUUUAUUUACUGUGCGUUUCUGCCGAAGAAAAUCACCCAUGAAACUCAAAAACCAGAUCCCAGGUUUCCGGCCCCUCAUUCUUUAUGGCAACGGCAAUACCAGCACUGACCCAAAAAAUUCGAAAGCCCCUCUAAAUUCAAAUGGGUCGCUCUAUCGAAUCGGUAGGAAAUUCACAAUCUCUGAGAUAGUUUCUGCGACUAAUAACUUCGAUGAGUCCUUAGUAAUUGGAAUCGGAGGGUUUGGUAAGGUUUAUAAAGGAGAAUUGGAUGAUUCUACUCCGGUGGCGAUCAAACGAGCCAACCCACAAUCUGAACAAGGCCUAAGAGAAUUCGAGACGGAGAUUGAAAUGCUCUCCAAGCUCAGGCACAGGCACCUUGUUUCGCUGAUCGGGUUUUGUGAGGAGCGUAACGAGAUGAUCUUGGUCUAUGAAUACAUGGCCAAUGGAACCCUGAGAAGCCAUCUAUUUGGGAGUGACCUUCCCCCCCUCACAUGGAAGCAAAGGCUAGAAUGCUGCAUAGGAGCAGCCCGAGGGCUCCAUUAUCUUCACACAGGGGCCGAAAGGGGAAUAAUUCAUAGGGAUGUGAAGACCACCAAUAUACUCUUAGACGAGAACUUCGUGGCGAAAAUGUCAGACUUUGGGCUCUCUAAGGAUGGCCCAGCUCUGGAGCACACCCAUGUUAGCACAGCAGUGAAGGGUAGCUUUGGGUACCUCGACCCUGAAUAUUUCAGGCGCCAACAAUUGACCGAGAAGUCCGAUGUUUAUUCUUUUGGGGUGGUUCUUUUUGAGGUCCUAUGUGCCAGGCCCGUGAUAAACCCUUGCUUGCCCAAAGAGGAGAUCAAUUUAGCAGAGUGGGCGGUGAAAUGUCAACGUAGAGGUAUGGUAGACCAAGUAGUGGACGCAAGGCUAGCUGGGAAUUGCAGUCCAGAUUCUGUUAAGAAAUUCGGGGAGAUUGCACAGAAAUGCUUGGCUGAUGAGGGCAAGAAUAGACCAACUAUGGGAGAUGUUCUGUGGAACUUGGAGUAUGUUUUGCAGUUACAUGACGCUGCCUUGAGAGCACCUGAAAGUGUGACUGCGACUUCUCUUAGUCUUACUGGAGUUGGGGAGGUUGAAGAAGAGGAGAAAGAGGAGGUGGCUUGGAUUCCUGAGUCUCAGAGAGAAGCCCAUGGUCGUGAAGGGGACGACGUGGGUCAUAUUCUGACUGAGAGAGAAAUCCAUGGUGAUGAGGCGGACAGUGUGGGCGAGGUAUUGGUGGGGGAGAGUGAAGGCCAUGGUCGUGAGAUGGGUGAUGUGGGUCAGAUUCCAGGCAUUGGGGGGCAACAGGAGAAUUGGUCAGAAGAUGCAGCUGGGGCUGUUGCGUUUUCCCAGCUGAUUCGACCUCAAGGCAGGUGAAUCUUCUCUCUGAUUGCCAUCUGGGAUGAAUCUCAACCUCUUUCACUGUCUACUGUUUGAGGGCCCGAGAAAGCCUUCUUUGCCAAUAACGGAUUAUGGGAUAUUUGGCAGGUGGAUUCUUCACUCUUGAAUUGCCCUCUGAGAUUCAAUCUCUCUAAUUUGAGGGACUGGGAAAGGUCUCCUUUGUUAUGUGUGGAUCAUGGAAUUUUGAUGGUUCUUUGAAUUUUGUUCAUUAUCCAGUGAGUUGCAGAGUACCAAGGCCAUAUGAUACUUAAGAUACAUCUAGUAUUCUUUCUGCCAUUUACAUGGAACCCAAGUAUAAAUUGCAUUUAUCAGAUUUGCCUUGUUGUGCCUUAUUUUGUUUAUUUUAUUAUAUUCUUUUGUUUGGUACUACCAAAUUGGUUAGAGAGAGAUCAAUGAAAGAUUUUGGUUCUCUUCUUUGAUUGACUCCUGUUCAAUUAUCCGAAAAUAUUUAUUUGUUUGGUACUACAUUGGAUGGAGAAUAAUGAAGGUAUUUGAUAAUCUUUUGGUUCAUGCCUAAUUGUCUUGUUAAAUUUAUUUGUUUGGUAGAACCUGUGUUUGACUUUUAAGAGAACUUAACCAAGGUAUUUGAUUUGUCUUUGUUCCAUGGAGAUUUGAGCUUCAUAACUGCAUUUCCCUUUGUAAGUCUCUUUGUCUCUCUCUCUCUCUCUCUCUCUCUCUCACACACACACACACACACAAAUACUGAUAAUUUGCAUUUCUUUUACCUAUCCAAACUCAAUGGCUAUCUAGUUGCACGGUUGAUAACUAUGUGAUAAAGCUCUCUUUGUGUGUGUGUGAGAGAGAUAAUGUGCAAAAGUUUGCAUACAGGAAAAUCUUACAGUGCGCCACACCUUAGGUUGGACAGCCAAAAUUUUUAAUUCCUAUCUACGGUCCAGAUUCAAAUGGUGGGUUCUUUCUUUGGAAAAAUACAGAGUUAGUAGUAACUUAGACACUUGAUUUUGGUAGUGUUUUACGUGUCGAUUGUCAUCCAAAGGCACAUGUCGAGGUUGUCAAAACUCUUUACUUGAGAAGAUUUAUAUUGUCUUGAAUGUUUAUUUAAAGUGUCAAAAAUAUUGAGUACAUUAAGUAUAUACUCUAUGCGUAGGAGUACCCUAAUAAAACCCUAUGAACUUUGUCUCGAAAAGAGUUUCGAAUGUGUGUAAGAUUUUUUUUGCAGUGAGAAAGAGGGAAAGAGAGAUGAUCUACUAGAUUAGUAGGGAUAUCAUAGCCUUUUCUCAUAAAGGUUACAGAUCCAAGAGAGUGUCUCCUCUUACAUAUAGGAGUGAGAAAGAGGCAAAGAUAGAUGAUCUCCUAGGAGAGUAGGGAUAUCAUAGUCUUUUUCGAUAGAGGUUACAGAUCCAUGAGAGAGUCUCCUCUUACAGAACUUUAUAGUAUUUUCCAUGAAGAUUAACAUUCUUGCUUCUUUUCCUUUUUUGAGUAGUUCAGUGGUAAGAACCGAACUUGAGAUGCAGUACUGGUAACAACUCUGGCCCAAAGCCGAAUUCCGGAUUAUCAAUCUUGCCGAUAAUGCUUGGAUGUACACACAUUUGGAUGAAAUACAGAGAAUAACAGUGAAGAUGUUUACAAGGCAAGUCACAUUAGAUGAGAUGGUGAUCGUGGUUCACUCUUUGGCGGCCGAACAUCUGCAUGGAAAACAAUUCUGAGAAAAUUUCGGCGAUGCAAAAGCGCAUAUUGCUAUUUCCUCACAUCCUUGCUUGUUAUGAAUCCAAGCGAGCGUACUGAGAAAUUCAAGCAAAGCAAAAGCUCAUAUUUCCAAUUCCUUGUAGUAAUGGACUCACAUCUUUGCUUGGAAUGAACCCAAAUGAACACAAGAAAAGGUAGCACUCUCAUGGGCAUCUCUUUGAAUAGCAUUUCAGCAAACCAUGGUAGUCCAUGAAACGACUUCUAUUUCAUGCAUCUCGUCAAAGCAUUGUGUUGCCAAAUCCGAAGAUCUCCUAGCUUCGAGCAAUUGCAGCAACUCUGUUUGAUGAUGGGUUUGAAGAUAGAAAUCGGAUUCAAAACCAUUUUUAAUAAUUUAACAUUGCGUCUGAAGCCCCACGAGAUAAGCUCCAAGUACAGAGGGGAAUGAUGGGUUUGAAGAUGGAAGUCGGAUUAUUGCCUCUGAAGCCCCCAUGAGAGAAGCUCUAAGUAUAGAAGAGAAGUGUAAUUUUUGAGGAAGAAGCCUUUAGUGAGAAAUUAUUUGUAUUGAUUUAUGGAUGCAUGGGGGUGUUAUCAAUGUAUUUCAUCAUUGUAUUCAAAGAAAUACAUUGGUGUUGUGAAACACUAUAAAUUUUUAUACGUGAGUGCUCUUUGCUCAUCU